AUGAUGGCAGCCCUCAUAUUCAGUAGGAGAAGCCGAUCUAUAUCUGCUACACCUUUGAUAGCAACUAUAGUUGGAGUUGUGACACUAGCAACCAUGGGUCACUGUAUAGAUACACUCAGGAUUGGUGUCAUUCCAAAAUGGAGAGCAGUGGUUGCUUCGGCAUUUGACUACGGUAAAUGGAAUGUAAGUAUUCACCUCCAGGAUAUUGAUACCGGCGUUACCAAGACAGCAUUUGAUAAAAUAGAGAAAACUUACAAGACUAUAUCAACGUUGAACGUCCAUGCUGUGAUAGGCCCUUAUGACCCUGAGGUUAGCCUGGCCACUGAAUCCCUAAGGAUCCCCUAUGUGUGUACGACCACUGUGGGGAGGCUGCAGAGGUUCAACUACACAGUACAGGUGAACCCGGAAAUGAGGCACUCCUCAGACGCCAUGCUAGACGUCGCUCAAGCCUACAUAUGGUCCAAGAUCAGCGUCUUUUAUGAUGAUGAUGUGGGAAUACAAGUGCUAGAGAAGCUGAUGACUAACCAUACAAUGUCUGUCCGUGCCUGGAGACUGCCAGAGAAAGCUUCAGUGAAAGACGUACGGGAUUCACUAGUGGACAUGAGAAAAGUCUUAGUGGAGAAGUGCGUGGUGCUCUGUAAUAAAGAGAACAUUAAAGUCAUCAUGGAAGAGGCGCGAAACCUGGCUAUGCUGUCCACCCCUCCAUAUGGCUGGAUAUUCUAUGACCCCGGUGAUGAAAUUAAAAACAUCUUCAACAAGUACAACGACAUCGCUUGCAACUUCACAGUGAUCACCUUGUUACCGUACAACGAUCCCUUCACGUCCAACGGUCAUCCACGGCUGCACUUUGCUCUCUCUAGUGACGCCCUCCAGCUGGUCAUCUCUUCCUAUAAGAUGAUUCUGGAAGGAGCUCGGGGAGCAAAUAUCACCUUGUCUGAUGCUGCUUUGAGAAACGAACUCAACAGAUUGAUUUUGAAUAAUGUGGAAACGGGCAUGACCGGAAAUCUAGAGUUUAACAGUGAGGGUCGGCGCGACAAUUUCUCCUUAACUAUUACAGCCUUCACUGGCAGUGAAACAUACCUGAGAGGCCACUGGUACAAUAAACCUUAUGUUUUUGAUAAGCGACUCAAAUUUUACGAUGAUAAGUACCAGUCCAAUAGAUCUACACCUUUUCCGUUGAAAGGCCGAGUUGCCAAAGUUGUUAUGAUAGAGGAACGACCGUUUACAAUGAAGAAACGGGAUCAUAUGCUGAGGAAAGGCAAUGACAGAUUUGAGGGCUUCGCCGUUGACUUGAUUGAAGAAGUCGCCAAAAUGCUAGAGUUUGAUUAUGAAAUUUACCUUGUUCACGACGGCAAAUUUGGCAGCAAAAUGGCAGAUGGAGAAUGGAAUGGAAUGCUUGGAGAGCUUUUGUCUGGGAAUGCCACCAUGUCAGUAGCUCCUUUGUCCAUCAACGCACAGCGAGAAGAAGCUGUGGACUUCACCAAGCCGUUCAAGACUCGCUACAUCUCCGUGCUGAUGAGGAUCCCCAGACAGGAGACGUCAUACUUUGAGUUCCUCAACCCGUUAUCUCCAGUUGUCUGGAUCUGUACCUUAAUCUCCUUUGUCGUGGUCAGUGUGAUCCUGUACGCGCUGGAGAGGAUGGGCAGAAACAAGUGCGUGAACUCGGACAGUGUUCAAAUUACUGUCCGGGAGUCAUUCUGGUUCAUCUUUGGGUCUCUGCUGCAAGGAAACACUGACUCCACGCCAUCAACAAUCCCGGGCCGUAUUCUCACAAGUGCCUGGUGGUUUUUUGCUCUCAUUCUGAUCUCAUCGUACACAGCCAACCUGGCCGCUUUCCUCACUGUGAAAAAGAUCAACACGCCCAUUAAGUCUGUCACAGAUCUGGCCCAGCAAACGAAGAUCAAGUAUGGAACCGUGAAAGACAGCGGCAUCAUGUCGUUCUUCAAGAACACAAACAUAGAACACUUCGCCAAGAUGUGGUCCCAGAUGUCCGAGAUAGACCCGGACUCCAUGGUGGACAAUACCACAGAAGGAUAUAAGAAAGUCAAGGAAGGAGAUUACGCCUUUUUCUGGGACACAACAGUCAACAAGUAUCAGACGAUUGUGGAUUGUGACGUCAUGGAAAUCGGACCAGCUUUUGAUCCCAAAGGGUUCGGAAUAGGGGUGCCUCCGGGUGCUACCUACAGAGAGGAACUGUCUAUGGCAAUUCUCAAACUGAGUGAUCGGGGAAUUCUCCACGAGUUAGAAACCAGGUGGUGGGACAACCGUAACUGCCCAGAUCUCACGAAGGCGUCCACUGAUGAGACAUCGUCCCUCCAGAUUGAGAAUGUUGCUGGAGUGUUCUUCAUUCUGGUUGGCGGGAUCAUCAUUGCAGCCGUUGUGUGUUUGGGGGAAUAUUUUGCCAAUGCGAUGAUACGAGCGUCCAAACUGGCGCGCGGUAAAACAGGGAAUGAUAAAUCCAGCCCUAGACAGAUUUCUCCGAACAACGGACCGGCAGAAAAAGACAGCUUAAUGUGA